AAAGGGCUUACUAAGGAUUAGACCCCUAAAAAGUAAAGAACACGAAAAUGGCUUCUACUCUACUCACACUGCGAAGCUGCUUCUGCUUUGGCUACUCUCCAAAUAUUUCUUCCAAUUAUUUUAGGCUCUAUAAACCGACGUUGUCCGCCAAUGGUUCUGGCAGUUCGCAGGGUUGGGCAUUUUUUUCAGCAAAGGACAUAUAUCACCUAAAACUUAAGCACCUCGCUAAAGCGUCUUCUGAUGGACUUCCGAGUGAGGUAAUUGAAGACUCGAAAUUCGCUCCUUUAAAUGCUGAUGAUCCUAUAUAUGGUCCACCUGCUUUAUUGCUGUUGGGUUUUGACAUGAAAGAGACUCACAAGAUACAGAAACUUCUAAAAGAGUUGGAUGGUGAGUUUCUUAAGGUUAUUCAUUGUACUGAGGAAAUGAUUUCCCUCCCACUGUGGAAAGCAAUGCAUACUCAGCAAUCUAAUUUGGAAAAAAUUGAGAUUGCAAAGUCUUUGCCACGGAUUUGCAUCUUAUCUGGUCUUAGUGGGGAGGAGAUGAUGAUGUUCAUUGAUGCAUUUCCAGAGACAGGACUAGAACCAGCUGCAUUUGCUGCUCUUGUUCCUAACAGUGCAGAUAAACCGCUGCAAGAGGUGAUGGAAGAGAUUAUGGAGGACCACAAAAUGCUGUCAGAAAAACAAUCAGACACAGCAUGACAUUAGGAUUUGCUUGCAGACUUCCCAAGCUUUGAUUCUUGUACAUGAUGUUCUUGAUUUGUACAGUGUAAAUUCACAAGAGUGAUCCAACUUUCAGCACCUGUUUAUUUGUAGAAGAAUGAGGUGGAUGAAAUUAAAGGUUAUCAAUUUUUUGUU